UCAUAAACACACAAAACAGAGUCAAAAGCAAUGACUACUCUGUUCCAAAAAGCAAAGCUGGUUCCCAAGAAGAUCAAAUCCUGAAAUGUGCGAUCCAUCUUUAAUCGCUUUGUGUUAUUACAUCACUUGCUAAAAUUCCGGUGAAAUCUUUAUUUCCGGGGAGAUAUACUUCCAAAAAAAAAGCUGGUUCCUUUUUCUUGAAGUUAUCUCUUCACUUCAAUUAAUUUUGAUUGGUUCUUCUGUCUUCUGUCUUCUGUCUUCUGAGCAAGAGAACAGAGGAGCUCUGUCUCGUUUCCCUCUUAUUUAUUUCCUAUUCUCAAACAUACACAGACGACACAUGUCUCUGUUUUACUUUGUAGAGUUAUGGAGAGGUAUGAGAUAGUGAAGGAUAUUGGUUCUGGUAAUUUCGGAGUAGCAAAGCUUGUUCGUGACAAAUUCUCCAAAGAGCUCUUCGCUAUUAAGUUCAUCGAGAGAGGCCAAAAGAUUGAUGAACAUGUACAAAGAGAAAUCAUGAACCAUAGGUCACUCAUCCAUCCCAAUAUAAUAAGAUUCAAGGAGGUUUUGUUGACGGCAACACAUUUGGCGCUAGUAAUGGAAUACGCUGCCGGAGGAGAACUCUUCGGAAGAAUCUGCAGCGCCGGAAGAUUCAGCGAAGACGAGGCAAGGUUCUUCUUUCAGCAGCUCAUAUCAGGAGUUCAUUAUUGUCACAGUCUUGAGAUAUGCCAUAGAGAUCUAAAGCUAGAGAACACAUUACUGGAUGGAAGUGAGGCACCGCGGGUGAAGAUAUGCGACUUUGGAUAUUCGAAAUCAGGAGUUCUUCAUUCGCAGCCAAAGACAACAGUAGGAACACCUGCUUACAUUGCACCUGAAGUGCUCUCCAAGAAAGAGUAUGACGGCAAAAUCGCUGAUGUUUGGUCUUGUGGAGUCACUUUGUAUGUUAUGCUUGUUGGUGCUUACCCUUUUGAAGAUCCUUCCAACCCUAAAGAUUUUCGUAAAACCAUCGCUCGGAUUCUCAGAGCUCAGUAUUCUAUUCCUGAUUACGUCCGUGUUUCAGAUGAAUGCAGGCAUCUUCUCUCUCGCAUUUUCGUCGCCAACACUGAAAAGAGAAUAACAAUAGAGGAAAUAAAGAACCAUCCUUGGUUUCUCAAGAAUUUGCCGUUGGAUAUGUCGGAAGGAUCAUUGAUGAUGAAUGGUCCAUCUACUCAAACAGUGGAAGAGAUAGUUUGGAUCAUUGAGGAAGCUCGGAAACCGAUCACUGGAGCUGGUGGACUCACCGGUGCUGGUGGUUCCGGUGGAAGCAGUGGUGGUGCCAUUGGCUGUAGCAGUAUGGAUCUUGAUGACUUGGACACAGAUUUUGAGUACGAUAUCGAUACCGCUGAUCUCCUUUCCCCUUUGUGAACUGUUUUUUAUCACCCAAACAAAAGCCAAAGAUUUCAUGUUUCUGUCUUUCUGAAGCUGAUAUACAUUGAUGAUACACACAUACGUGAAUAUAAUUGUUCUUUAGAGUUUUGCUUAUUGAAAACUUAAAUCA